AAUGUAAUUCUUCUAGAAAUAUGCUUGUCAACUAAGAUCAAUGGGUAACAGUUACACAGGCCAACACGAUUUUGGACCCAGAAAUCAGACAAGGUUAUUCCGAAGGUUUUUCGUGCAUUGAAUCCAAUCCUGGUGGUUUUUUCGCCCUAGCACGUCAGGAUUUUGAGAUAUCCUAACCUAAAAGUGCAAAAAAUGCCUAUUUUGGGCAUAUUUGAGGUUAUGUAACGUGAAUAGGUGGGAUUUUUCUUUAUUACCGUAUUCGUCAUCAGAAAGUAUCAUUCUUCCCCUCCAAAUAGCGUUUUCGAUUGCCCUGAUACGAUUCCUAGUUGCUGAGAUAUUGCACUUUGAAGUUGAAACGAUAUCAUUGCUAACGAUAGCAGUAGUGUACAGGAUACCAUUACAGGAACAUAAAAAGUAAAGAACUCGCGAUAUCUCAAUAACAAGAGCAUCUGAAAGGACUUAAUCGUGGACGUAGAACCUAUGGAACUGUGACCCAUGAGCUCUUGACUGAGACUCAAAGCCUUUAAUCGCAAACCUUAAAGUCUCAAACCUUGCAUCUUGUAAAGGUUCGGGGUUUGGUACUUUCAUCUCGGCGGCUUGAGGUAUAAGAAUUAAGACUACAAUUUAUGAGGUAUAAGGUUCAAGGAAGCGGGAUUUGAAUAUACAAGAUCGAGUGUUUGUGUCACAAAUUGUCGAGUAACAUUUCAUUCGAAGCAGUUAAUCAAUCAGUCACAGCUUUUAUUCACAGUAAAUUGUUUCAAGUUUUCUCGAAGUUUUUUUAUUAUAGUAAUACCUAUUGAAUAGAGAUCUUUUCAAAACAGCCAUACAUCAGUCGUUAUCACGACUGCUAUUGAAAGUACAUUGUUCCGGGUAUUUUCAAAUAGUGCUUCACCAUCUUCUUCUCGUGGAGCAAUGUUUACCGCGAGCAUUUUCUAUUAGUUGCAUUCAUGACCAUUGCUGUCUUAUAAACUGUAUCCAAGUAUUCCUAAAAACAGUUUCAGCGAUUACGUCCACUGCAGCAACGUUGUAGUUUCCAUCGUCUCAACAUGUCAUCAAGGCUUCCAUGUCAUGAUAAAGCCAAUACGUUUUGCUAUAUAUGUGGCCAGUAUGAAGUCGCUCAUCUUCGUAAAUCAAUCAAUGAUGAUAUAAAAGGUAAAUAUCACGAGUGCUUUAAAAUACCAAUGAAAAACUUGGACAAGUCAUGGGUUCCAAAAUGUGUUUGUAAUUCAUGCAAAGUAAUGUUAAAUCGACGAAACGAGAGAAACCAAUUUUCAGAAACCAUCUUGGAACCAACGUUUUGGCGGAAGCCCUCAAAUCACGCCAAUGAUUGCUUCUUCUGUUCCUGCAAUACAAUGGGAUUCAAUGCAAAGAAUAAAAAUAAAAUUGUUUAUCCGAUUGUAAGCUCUGUCAAGCCAGCUAAGAAGGGUAAAAUGGUAUCCACUUCAGAGUUGCGAGAUCCAGCAGAACAAAGCAGAAGCUCAAUCACAUUUGAUGAAAUAGAGACUGUUGAAAUCGAAUACGAAGAAGAUAGUGACUUUGAAGAUCCAUCAUCUUCCAACAAUACCAUUUUAUUUGGUCAAGAUGAUCUCGAUGAUCUUGUGCGUGAUUUGGGUCUUCCAAAAGAUUCAUCUGAAGUAUUAGCCUCAAGACUCAAAGAAAGAAAUAUGUUAUUACCCGGAACUAAAAUUUCUGUAUACCGUAAUAGGGAAAAUGCUUAUUUGGAAUAUUUCACGCAGGACGAGAACCUUGUUUAUUGUAAAGAUGUUAGAGGACUCAUCAAUGAAUUCAAACCUGGUUUAUAUGUUGCAGACAAGUGGCGGUUAUUUAUAGAUUCCUCAAAAGCGAGUCUCAAAGCAGUCUUACUGCAUAACGGUAAUAAAUAUGCCGCGAUUCCACUCGCUCACUCUACUACAUUGAGCGAAUCGUAUAAAACUUUAAUGUAUCUUCUCGAGAAGAUUGAUUACAACGAACAUAACUGGUUCCUUUGUGGUGACUUUAAAGUGAUUAAUAUGAUAUUAGGUUUACAAUCGGGUUUUAUCAAGUAUCCUUGCUUUCUUUGCGAGUGGGAUAGUCGUGCUCGUGACAAACAUUGGGUUCAAAAACUUUGGCCAGCAAGAGUCAAUUUUGUUGAGGGAUCAAUGAAUGUAACGAAUAAACAUCUCGUUGAUCCAAAAAAAAUAUUGCUGCCCCCGCUUCAUAUUAAAUUGGGUUUAAUGAAGCAGUUUGUCAAGGCAUUAAAUAAACAGGGCAAGUGUUUUCAGUAUUUACAAUCCAAAUUUCGACAUCUGUCAGAUGCUAAGAUACAUGAAGGGGUAUUUGUCGGUCCAGACAUUCGGUUGUUGAUGAAAGAUGACAGUUUUACUCCGACUAUGACUGAUACUGAGAAAAAAGCUUGGAUAAGUUUCAAAUGUGUGGUUGAGAACUUUUUGGGUAAUAACAGGGACCACAAUUAUAAAGAAAUUGUUUCAUCUAUGCUUAAGAACUUCGAGAACUUAGGUUGCUUGAUGAACAUGAAAACACAUUUUCUAUUCUCUCAUUUAGAUUUUUUUCCGGAAAAUCUUGGUGCCUUUAGCGAGGAACAUGGUGAACGCUUCCACCAAGAUUUCAAAGUGAAAGAGAGGUACUAUCAAGGUAGGUGGGAUGUCCACAUGAUGGCGGAUUACUGCUGGUCUCUUAAGAGAAACGAAUCUACAAUGAAUGAUCACAGUCGUAAGUCUCAAAGAAGAUCUUUUGAGGAAAUAAGAACUCGUUUCCAUAAGAAAGCGAAGCAAUCAAUAAAUUCUGGUUGAAGGUUCGGAGGUAUGUUACUCAGAAUUUAAGGUUCAAAAAAUAUACACAGUCUUGACUUAGCUGGCCGGACGCCACGCUGUCUUGCCUUAAUCGGCUGAAUGCUUGGCAGUGACGUUGUUCCCAGGUAUCUCCUGAGUUCGGUGGUUCAGAUUCAAAAGGUUCAGAGUUUAGGUAUUGGAGAGUCUGACUCUAAGGAUUGAGGGUUUUUACGAUCAAAGAUUACAGAUUCCAUUUUUCGGAGUUGCGUGUUCGAGAGUGGAGGGACAAAGAAUUCAAAGUCGAGGGCUUAGAGUUCCAAAGCUCAAGUUUCAAAGUUUCAAUGUUUAAUGAAUUGGAGGCUUAAGGCUUUAGGAAGUUACAAGGUUAAGGGUUCACGGCUGAAAUAUUCUGAGCUUAUAUUCUGAGAUUAUAUAUUUAAUUUCACUGGAUUUGAGAUCAUUGAAUCUAAAACUUCGCAUUCAUGACAUUUUGAUUCAUGGGAUCUGGGUUUCAAGGGAUCCGAAUCCAUAAGUUGUUGUUUAUUUAGUUCGUAAGCUCUUCUUCAAUAGACUUGGUUAUCUCAAAGGCUGUCGUAAAACACUAUCAAAAUAUCGCAAAUUGUUUACAUUUAACGUUCCUGUAAUGGUAUCCUGUACACUACUGCUAUCGUUAGCAAUGAUAUCGUUUCAACUUCAAAGUGCAAUAUCUCAGCAACUAGGAAUCGUAUCAGGGCAAUCGAAAACGCUAUUUGGAGGGGAAGAAUGAUACUUUCUGAUGACGAAUACGGUAAUAAAGAAAAAUCUCAACCUGUUGACGUUACAUAACCUCAAAUAUGCCCAAAAGAGGCAUUUUUUGCACUUUUAGAUUAGGAUAUCUCAAAAACUUGACGUGCUAGGGCGAAAAAACCACCGGGAUUGGAUUCAGCGCACGAAAAACCUUCGGAAUAACCUUGUCUGGUCUCUGAGUCUAAAAAGAAUUUUUUUUGUAGACCUGUGUUAUUAGCCAAAAUAUUCCUAACAAUCUCGAUGUUGGAAACAUGAAAACGUGGGUCCGAAAGUAAAAUGGCUCUGUCAACUAGAUUAGUAAUCACACCAAUUUUGUGGUUGUCAGGAUGAUUAGAAAGAUAAUUAAUAUAACGCCCAAAAAAGGUCGCCUUUCUAAACCAAUUGGUUAUCAAAACAUUGCCAUCCCUAAUAACAAUCGUAUCCAGAAAAUUAAUGUGAUUGUCAUUUUCAAAUUCGCAUGUAAAUUUUAACCGCGGGUGAUAAUUGUUAAACACUCCAAGAACCUCAUGGACCUUAUUAACAGGUAAAAUUGUGAACACAUCAUCAACAUAUCUCAAAAAUAUCCGCAAAUUAAAAUCAAGCAAUCCAAUACAGUGCGUUUCUAAAUCCUCUAAACCAAAUCAGCCAAGAUCGGCGACAGAGAAAAACCCAUAGGACUGCCAAACACUUGUUCGUAAAAUUUAUUAUGAAAUUUAAAGCAAGUAGAACUCACAACAGUGCCAUCUCAAUUGCAAAUUUAAACUGGUUCAAAUUGAAUUUUGUGACCUUAGAAAUUAGGUGCCACCUUUUCUCAAUACUAUUCAGUACUAACUCAAUGAGUAUAUUCGUGAACAAAGAUGUGACAUCCAAAGACACCAACACCUCAUCACUUUCAAUCUGUAAUUUGUUAACAAUUUUCACAAAACUUCAGUUGUCACCAACAUAUGACUUAGGUUGAGGGAUAGAAUCUUUAAGUAUCUUAUGCAGAAAAUGCGCCACAUUGUAAGUCGGGCUACUGAUUGCUGAUACAAUAAUGCAAAGAAGGUAUCCCGGCUUAUGCAUUUUCGGUAAACCGUAACAUCGCGAUGAGUUAAAUGUCAUACUAUAGAGUUUCUUGUAAGUAUACUCAUCAAUCAAUCCAUUUUGUUUCCACCCGAUUACAUCUAUUAAUGAAUUUUUUUGAAAAUAAUGUUUUCAAACAUUUUUGAAAAAAAUUAUUUUAAAAAAUUUCAUUACCG